AUGUUGAGGAGAUCACCCCGAGCACUUCCUCUAAGCACAGAGAUGGAGUGGUCACUGGAGAAUGUUAGAGAGAUGGUGGCUGGGGGGAUGCAGUCUAUACGGGAGUGUGAGAUGUGUGCUUUGGCAAUAGGCAUAUGUGUGCUGCUACUCUUUAUGUGGUACUGUUACCGAGUAGGCCGAGAGCACGGAUCCAGUCCUCUGCGAAGCCGAUAUUUGAGUGGCUCUAGCCGCAUUGGAGGAGUAGUAGGGGGCUUCAGGAGUAAAGGAAAGCACUCCCUUCUGGAAGAGCAGAACGGUUUUGCCUUCUGUCAGUCGUCCGAGUGUUUCCGCUGCACCAGUGCUGGAGAGAGCCUGAACCAGAGGCUGUACCACAGUCUGCAGGACUAUGCCAAACGCUACACAUGGUCUGGUAUGGGUCGUGUGCACAAAGGCGUGCGAGACCAGGGCAGGUAUCUCAAUAGCAAGCCAACCAUCCAGAGGCCAGAAGUAUUUUUCCUCCCUGACCUGCACUCAGCCCCUUUCUUUUCCAGAGAAGUACAGAGACAUGAUGUGGAGCUGCUGGAGCAGAGCUUCCCCACUCUCUUAGCUGAGUUUGAGAGUAUCUAUCACCAGCCUCCAGCCCGCAGUGGCUCUUCGCUCCCUCCAGGAUGGAAAGCAAACAACACUCCAAGAGGUCAAUGGUGGACCUACUAUCUAGUAAACCAAGGCACACCGCUGGUCCUCAAUGUUAGAAGAUGCCCAAAGGCAUGGCGAGUCCUGGGCCAACUGCGCACCUUCAUUGCCAACAAUGUGUUUGGAAACGCCUGUUUUUCUGUUCUCACACCUGGGGCUCUGAUCGCUGAGCAUUAUGGUCCAACGAAUGUCCGUCUGCGCUGCCACCUGGGUCUGAAAGUUCCGCCAUUAUGUGAACUUGUUGUGGGUGGAGAACCUCAGUGUUGGUCCGAAGGUAGUUGCCUCCUGUUUGACGACUCGUUCCUCCACAGGGCCUUCCAUGAGGGGAACCCAGAAGACGGACCUCGUGUGGUUUUUAUGGUGGACCUCUGGCAUCCAAAUGUGGCUGCUGCUGAGAGACAAGCGCUGGACUACAUUUUCACCCCAGGACGAUUGGAGGACCGCGAGGGCAAAUGA